CUAUGUCCUACAUAAUGAAUUUGCUUUGCGGCAUAAUAACCGAGAAAACGAAACAUGGCGGAAGACGGACCAAAACCUGUCGACAUUGACACGAGUCGUUUAGACUCCAAGAGACAAACUCUUGACGAUGCUUACGCUGCUCCUGCCAAUUUUCUUGAAAUAGAUGUCUGUAAUCCUCAAACACAUGGUAUAGGGAACAAAAGAUACACAGAUUAUGAAGUCAGGAUGACGACGAAUCUACCAGUCUUCAAGCAAAAAGAAUCAACGGUACGGCGGAGAUACAGUGACUUUGAGUUUCUCAAGCAAGAGUUAGAACGAGAUAGUAAAAUUGUUGUUCCACCGUUACCAGGCAAAGCUCUUGGUAAACAACUUCCAUUUCUAAAGAAAGGAGACGGUAUAUUUGAGGACGACUUCAUCGAGGACCGGAGGCAAGGUUUAGAGGAUUUUAUUAAUAAGAUUGCGGGACAUCCGCUUGCCCAGAAUGAGAAGAUCCUUCACAUGUUUCUACAAGACAAGGUGCUGGACAAGAAGUAUGUACCAGGCAAAGUCAGGAAUACGUAACCCCCAACCAUGUGCACGAUACAAAUACACAGGCCCAAACAAUUACUCCACCUGUAUGAAUUACUUGUACAAGAAACCUUCAAGAAUUUGAUUGGACUCUGACUUUAUACCUCAGUCACAUUUGCUCUAUGGCGGCCUUAUGGCGAGUCGAAAAUGGGUGUUUUAACAUUUUUGUACCAGCUACAUACAGAUGGUUUGAAUAAAACAGCGAGUCGAAAAUGGGUGUUUUAACAUUUUUGUUCCAGCUACAUACAGAUGGUUUGAAUAAAACAGCGAGUUGAAAAUGGCUGUUUUAACAUUAUUUGUACCAGCUACAUACAGAUGGUUUGAAUAAAACUGCUAUUGUCGACUCGCUGUAUGGCUGCCGUGGGGGAAAUGCGACUGCUGCAUUAGGUUUUUAGAGGUGCAAUCAAUCGCAACUCUAAAAAUCAUGCGCAACUUGAUUUUCAACCAAUCAACAGUGCGCAUUUGGGACUAGCGAUUGAUUUUUUUGACUUGCGUUUAAACGUAACUCUUUCUGCAACAGACCCCAGAUGAUGACCCCAACCAUCUUUUCGGCUUGCGUUGGUUAUGUUUCUCUCGCUAUCUUACUUUUUAGUAUCGACUGAUUAAAUUGCAUUUGAUUGGGGAUAUUCGGGAUCCUUCAUAAAUGAUAUAUUUGCUCAUGUAAAUAUAGGAGGGGUUACAGUAUUAUGCAGGCGCGUAUCCAGCAUCAGAUCCUACAAAGCAUUUCAUCUGCCCAGUUGUCUGCGGACAAUAGUGACUCUAUUAUGGUUUUGCAUGGGCCCAUACAUUUAUUUGUCAUAGUUGAUGCUGAAUACGCUAGUGUUAUACCCAGUGAAGUGUUUCAAAUUAAAAGGCCUAUAAACCUAGUCAUGAGGCCUGCCUAUUUGCAAAAUAAAUACAAGUAGUCUCUGGACAUUCAUAUCUGCUCUUAUGCCUGGAAUACAGAACAAAGUUGUAUUAAACCCAGGUACUAGAUAUUUCAUUAAUUGCACUUCAAAAUAUUUGAUUAGCCACUUUUUGACAGUUCAUCUGUGUAUGUAUAUUAUGUUGAUAGCACUUAUAAUUUUUUUGCAAUGCCGAAUCUGGUCUCAUGACAAUUUAAUAUUCCAGUGGGAAAUAUGCAGAUAAAGUCGGACAUUAUAUAACCUAAUCCUAACCCUCUCCCUACAUCCAGGGGCCCUGUUGCAGAAAGAGUUGCAAUCAAUCGCAACUCUAAAAAUCAUGUGCAACUUGAUUUUCAACCAAUCAACAGCGCGCAUAUGGGACUUGCGAUUAAACGCAACUCUUUCUGCAACGAACCCCUGAUCACAUACACCAUACCACCACCCUAUUAAUCUCUAACCCUAAGUUUGUAUCCAGUUGUAUUACUAUUUAUCUGAUCUAAUUGCCACUUGGUCAAACUAUCCUUUCAUCUAGUGAUCUGGGCCGCCCUCUUACAAAGAAUUACGAUUAAUCCAAUCAACCACAGCUAUGGAAAGCCAACAAUGUCAACAUCUAAAAUACAUGUUUGUUUAGAAUAUUUUCCAGAUAUGAUGUAUAUGUAUACUCGUAUAUUCUUAACUUUUGUUGAAAAAUUCACUAUGAUUCUCUUUGUUUACAAAGGACAUUGUGCAAAUUUCCUGAAGAAAAAAUGACGACAUUGAUUAAUUUCCAAAUACUUGAGGUUGAUCGGAUCAAUCAUAACUCUUUGUAAGACGGGACCCUGGUCUUCUACCUUUGACUUUGUCUACUUAUUUUGCUCUUGAAAAAAAUUGAAGUUUUAUUUAUGUACAGUUCUUUUAAUCAUACAGAUUAUUAAAGUGGUUUUACUGUAAGUGGAAAUUUUUACAGCCUAACUGGAAAUAAGAAAAAUCAUGGUAAAUCGCUAAAUGGCAAUUAGACAAAAUGGUUAGAUCAGUUGUUGUAGACCAACUAGGAUUAAACCAUGGCGGGACGAGACUUGGAUAUUAGACCUAACAGGUCCCAAAAGCGAAUAUGGAAACAAAAUUACAAUUUACCAGACA